UUUAGUUUGUUCGCAACUAUACACUGUACAUUGCCGACUUUUCCCAUAAAUAAGCUACUUUGUUUGAAUGGACUUGGAUGUUUAAACGUGGAUUAUCACGCAUAUGGGAGUGUGGAUUAUCACGCAUAUGGGAGUGUUUGAAUCAAAGAUGGCAGAAUCCAAGCGUUCUAAAACCAUGGAUGUCCCCUUCAUCCUGGACGGCGCUGCAAGGAUCGUGAAGGCUGUCUCCAAACACACCACUGCCAUUGACGUUAUCGCCAAAUUUCCAAACCUUCAGGUGCCCCUGGCCGUAUUUCUGUCCGUGGACGGUGUGCAGAAACAACUUCCGGGAAAAGCCAGAUUACUGAAAGUCUGGCGUGCGAAUGCGUCAUCAAAGAAUGUUGCGUUUGUAAUAAGAAAAUCAGACACUGCGAAAGAGAAAGCGAAAGGGAGCACACGAAAGGUGUUCCGCUGUAAAAUUAAGUGUGAUAAACCCCGAUCCGAAUCACACGUGACCGAUCGUCUGUCACGCGAAUCCCUGAAGAGGGUAUCCGAUCUCGCAUUCUUCGCCCGUAACCGGAAGAAGACACUUCAAGUAGUCGGAAAGCCCUCAAUGAGUAAAGCCAAGAAUGCUGAUCACCCCGAGAGGAGCAAACUGAUGCGCCGCCUGACCACACAGUCUUCAACCAACAGCAUGGACGCUUUCCUCGCACGAGCCAACCUGGAUGAGAUUGCUGGGCAUGUUACCGCCGAAGCGCUUCGAAAAGGCACUUCAAUGUACAGCAAACAACCUACUCUAGAGGUAACACAGCCGAUCAAGAGGACAAACAGUGACAUCCGUGAGGGGCAGACGGCAAUGAAGCUUUCACUGAAGAGAACGUUCGGUGCCAGAAACAAACUCUCUGUCCGCACAACGUCCACCGGAACUAUCGAUUCUACCGACACCGGCUUUCAUUCCAUGGAUAAUGAUGGGCACGAUCAUACACCGAUCGAUACGCAGUCGGGUUUGAUGACAACCAAGCUCAACAAGAGGCACCCCCGGCUUCUAGAGGACACGGAAUACGGACCGCUGCACAGCACGCCGUUGGUUGCACACAGACAGCAGACACACCGCCCAGAAAACAUGGAAUGUACUCUCACCCAUAAUUAUUUUGAGAACUUGGAUGAGAAUCAGGGGAAGAGUGUGAUAAUGGAGAAAUUUAUGGCAGAUCAGAGGCUGCCCGCUAGCUAUGAUACUGCCGACGAUCAAACGUUUGACCUCCCGUUCUCUAAAAGACAGACUUUCGAACACCAGAGCAUGAUGGCAUUCCAGAACCAGAGGGACCGCUGCCGCUUCCUUUGGGACCAGUUAUGCGACUCGGACUCCGACAGCGAUGCAUCGGACUGCACCUUCGACAAUUUUACUGUGGACAGCACGUGCGCCAAUGUAUUUACACAGAAGGUGCUAAGGCGCGAAUCGGCAUUCACUGACCUCCGCAAAUGUACUGUGUCCACUCGCUUCUCCCUGCCUGCGUAUACCCUCAACACACAGAGAAACGUCCAGCAGACGGAAUUUGAUUAUUCUUUCAACUGUUCUUUCCCAAGAAUGGACAACGACUACCAUAGUAUGGAUUUCUCGUGUAGCUUUGACGAAAGCGACAGAAGUGAUGUCAUCGACCGGAUGUUGGACGACAGACAGCCUGUCUCCGACAAGAGUCUGGACAGUUUUAUGAGGACGAGGUCAUUCUUGGAAGAUUGUGAUGGGGAUAUUACGGCUUGUGGGGAAAACCCACUGGAAAUGAACAUUGUCGGCUCCGAUCAAUGCAUUCAUUAGGGCCGU